AGCAGGGAGGCUCCACAGCGCGCCGGGGCCCGGUCGGGGCUGGAAUUAGGAGCCGGCUGUCAGCCCCCCGCCCCCCGCCCAGCGGCGGCAGGCGCACCCGGCGCAGGUGGGCACCAUGGCCUUCUCCCAGGUGCAGUGUCUGGACGACAACCACGUGAACUGGCGCUCCAGCGAGUCCAAGCCCGAGUUCUUCUACAGCGAGGAGCAGCGGCUGGCGCUGGAGGCCCUGGUGGCCCAGGGCCCCGAGGCCUAUUACGAGGUGCUGAAGCGGGAGAACAUCCGGGACUUCCUCUCCGAGCUGGAGCUCAAACGGAUCCUGGAGACCAUCGAGGUGUACGACCCGGGCUCUGAGGACCCUCGGAGCACAGGGCGCUCCCAGGGGGCGGAGGACAGCGGCGGAGGAGGAGGUGGUGGUGGCGGCGAUGGCGGCGUUGGGGUCCCCAAUGGCGAAGAAGCCAGUGGGGCAGGAGGGGACCCCACGGAGCCCGAACCACUGCCCUCGCUGGAGUAUUGGCCCCAGAAGUCCGACCGCUCCAUCCCACAACUGGACCUGGGCUGGCCCGACACCAUCGCCUACCGCGGGGUGACCAGGGCCAAUGUCUACAUGCAGCCGCCCCUGGACGGCCAGGCCCACAUCAAGGAGGUGGUGCGUAAGAUGAUCAGCCAGGCCCAGAAGGUCAUAGCCGUGGUCAUGGACACGUUCACCGACGUGGACAUCUUCAAGGACCUGCUGGACGCCGGCUUCAAGAGAAAAGUGGCCGUGUACAUCAUCCUGGACGAGAGCAACAUCAGGCACUUCCUGCACAUGUGUGAGCGGGCUCGCAUGCACCUGGGGCACCUCAAGAAUCUCAGAGUGCGCAGCAGCGGGGGAACCGAAUUCUUCACGCGGUCGGCCACCAAGUUCAAGGGCGCCCUGGCCCAGAAGUUCAUGUUCGUGGAUGGAGACCGAGCUGCGUGCGGCUCCUACAGCUUCACGUGGUCGGCGGCGAGGACGGACCGGAACGUCAUCACCGUGCUGUCGGGCCAGGUGGUGGAGGUGUUCGACCGGCAGUUCCAGGAGCUGUAUCUCAUGUCACACAGCGUGAGCCUCAAGGACAUCCCCAUGGACAAGGAGCCUGAGCCGGAGCCCAUUGUGCUGCCCUCCGUGGUCCCCCUGGUGCCCGCAGGCUCCAUGGCCAAGAAGCUUGUGAACCCCAAGUACGCGCUGGUCAAGGCUAAGAGCGUGGACGAGCUGGCCAAGACCUCCUCGGAGACACAGGAGACCAAGCAGCCCCCAGGGCUCCCCGGCCUGGCACCGGCCGAGCGGCCAGGGGACCUCCCGGAGCCGCCCCUGCCCAUCCACCCGGGACUGCUCAACCUCGAGAGGGCCAACAUGUUCGACUACCUGCCCACGUGGGUGGAGCCGGACCCAGAGCCCGGGAGUGACAUCCUGGGCUACAUCAACAUCAUCGACCCCAACAUUUGGAACCCACAGCCCAGUCAGAUGAACCGCAUCAAGAUCCGAGACACGUCGCACGCCAGCGCCCAGCACCAGCUGUGGAAACAGAGCCAGGACGGCCGCCCCGCCCUGGAGCCCUGCCCGCCCCCACAGCCCAGCACUCCCCAGGACAGGGUCCCGGCUGCCAACGAUCUCCUCCAGGGCCACCCUGAGCCUCAGCCCCCGGUACCCAAGCCCCGCACGGUUCCCGUAGCACAACUGCUUGCCCAAGACAGUGAUGACAGUGGCGGCUUGGCCCCGGACACCCCAGCGGAAGAGCCCCCCCAGAACGGAACUAGCCACAGGAGGGCGGAGCUGCGCAGCCCCCUGCAGCGGCAGUCAUCUAUGACACAGGACGAUGCCAGCGACCCAGGGGCAGGGCUCCCCAAUGGGCUGGAUGGAGAGGAAGAGGAGGAUGACGACGACUACGUGACCCUCAGUGACCAGGACAGCCUCUCGGGCAGCUCUGGCCAUGGCCACGGUCCCCGGCGGCCCUCGGCGGCCUCCUCCAUGUCCGAUGAGUACUUUGAAGUGAGGGAGCGCUCGGUCCCCCUCCGGAGGCACCACUCAGAGCAGCUGGCCAAUGGGCCCGCCCAGCCGCCCCGCCGGCAGCUGAGUGCCCCACAUGUGACCCGAGGGACCUAUGCCGGGCCGUGGGCCCAGGGUCGCGGCAGAGAAGAGACGGAGCUGCCGCGGAAGACGCAGGCGCCGCGCCCCCCAGACAAGGAGACACAGCAGGGUCAGCAGUUCCACCACUAUGGGGGCUCUGCCUCAGGGACCAGGGAUAAAGAUGGUUUCGUCCGGCCGUUGAGGACCCCAGGAACCCCCCGUUUCCGCCCUGCUGAUGGCGCCCAGAGCUCUCCCAGGAAAGCUGGCCUGGCCCCAGCAGGCCCCCACCACUGGCAGCCCAAGCCUGGUCCCGUACCCCGCGUGCUGCCCGACCCCGGCAGCCCAAGGCCGGCCCGGAACAACGAGGAGCACACGAGUCCCCUCGGCAUCCCAUACUCCAAACUGUCCCAGGCGAAGCACCUCAAGGGCAGGACGGGCGGAAGCCCGUGGGCCUCAUCCGACUCAAAGCGGAGGGCCCAGGCCCCCCGGGACCGCAAGGACCCCUAGCAGCCUGGCCCAGCCUGGACCUCCCCUGCCUAGAGCCUGCCCUGGAGGGCAGCAGGGCGGGGCGGGCGGGCAGCGCCGGCACUC